AUGUUCGCAGUCCCUGGAUGGUCUAUUUCGAAUACAGAGUUAAAGCUGCAAACAGAGUAUAAAGCGAAACCACAGCAAGAAACCGCUCCUCAAGUACAAGAUGGUGCAGACCCAGAUUCCCAAUCUAAGAAGCGGAAAAGAGCUCAAGGGAAAAACCUCAAUGACCAAAAGGUUACCAAGGCGAAUGUGGGUGAGAUGUGGAGGAGAGUUAUUGAAGGAGAGACACCCAGUUCUAGAAAAAAGAAUGCUGCGCGAACUAAAAAGGAGAUGAAGAAGCGGAGGAAAUUGGCGAAAUCUGCAGACGGCAGAGCUGUCCAGGAAGUUAGGGAUGCGGGGAAUAAAACGGGAGAGCUGAAAGAGGAUUCUAACGUUACACCUGCGACCAAAACAGCAGCAGAAAUACCAGGUAGUACUCCUGCUGCGUCCAGGAGGAACAAGAAACAAAAGGGAAAAUCGAAUGAUAAUCAGCAACAAAAUGCGACCACUGCGACACCCCCAUUGCCAGCAGCAAACUCAUUACCCUCCCCCCCCCCUCCCCCUCCGGCAUCCACAUCCCUCACACGUUUACAGCAAUCCAUGCGCCAAAAGCUCCUCUCGGCCCGAUUCCGCCACCUCAAUCAGACCCUGUACACCACGACAUCCAACGAAGCUAUGGAACUUUUCACCUCCAAUCCAGAGCUCUUCGCAGAAUACCAUGCAGGAUUUACCCGGCAGGUGCAAGAAUCAUGGCCCUCAAACCCCAUCGAUGGCUACAUCAAUGCAGUCAAGACGCGCGGCGCCAUUGCCCCCCCUAAUCAGAGAGGUAGUGGUCGAAAGCCGGACAAAAAUGAACUACGAACUGCUGCUCUGGGUCCCUUACCUAGACGACCCCACGGGCUAUGCACCAUAGCAGACCUGGGCUGUGGUGAUGCUAAACUAGCACGGGUUCUCACACCGUCCGCUAAAGCUUUGAAUCUGAGGCUCCUCAGUUUUGAUUUGCAUGUGGCUGAUCCACUGAUUACGAAGGCAGAUAUUUCGGCGCUGCCGGUUGCGGAUGGUACGGUUGAUGUGGCCAUUUUUUGCCUUAGUUUGAUGGGGACGAAUUGGGUGUCGUUUGUUGAGGAGGCGUGGCGGGUGCUUAGGGGAGAUGGAAAGGGAGAGUGCUGGGUUAGUGAGGUGAAAAGUCGGUUUGGGAAAGUUGUUAGGAGGACUAAAAUCGGACAGAGGGUGGAUGGAACCGGGACUGUGGCUGGAAAGAAGGACAAGAAGAAAAAGAAAAGUAAAGGCAACGAUAAGGCUGAUGAAGAUGUUGACGAGGAGGAGAUUUUUGCUGAGGAUCAGGUUAAUAAAGGCCCUAACUCGGAGGAUGAGACUGAUAUAUCUGCGUUUGUGGAAGUGUUUAGGACUCGUGGAUUUGUGCUUAAGCAGGAAUCUGUUGAUAAAUCAAACAAGAUGUUUGUCAAGAUGGAGUUUUUGAAGCAUGGGCAUCCUACAAAGGGCAAGUGGGCUGUUGACCCGAACGAUGCCAAGUCUGGGAAGAAGAAAUUCAUUGAACUUGACGAUGGCAAGGGACUGACUCCUGAAGAGGAGAGUAAGGUGCUGAAACCGUGUGUAUAUAAGAUCAGAUAG